GAACCUAGAAAAGUCAAGUGAAAUCAAAAGGCAGACAGCACCAGCAGAACAGGAGGAUUUGCAACAAGUUAAUUCUUUCGGUUUUUCAUAUUUUUGUCCACUGCCUAAUAUUCCAGUGAAUUUUAUAAUAUCGAUAAGAAUUUGCAUAAUCAUAAAACCAAUCAAUCUAUUAAGUUAAUAAAAAAUUCAAAAUCUAUUUAAUUUUUUUUUGGUUGCAACACAAAGUUCGAAAGUUGAAUUUCACAAAAAUUAAAAUGUCGGCUUCCCGAAUUUUAGGUGCACUUAAUAAAGUGACAAAAACUCCAAUUCUAUCGAAUAAACUAAUUCAAAUUCCCGCUAUGACUAGAAUGAUGUCAGCUGCAGCAGCAGCAAAUAAGCACCUUUCGACCAAAAUUGUCGAUGGUGUUAUGGUUGUCACAAUUGAUUCGCCAAAUGUCAAAGUUAACUCUUUAGGUCAAGAGAUUAGCGCUGAAUUCGAAGGAAUUCUGAAAGACCUGGAGACAAAUUCCAGUGUAAACUCUGCAGUUCUAAUCUCUGGCAAACCGGGUUGCUUUAUUGCCGGUGCAGAUAUUGGUUGGUUGGAAAAAGUCCAAACUGUUGAAGAAGCUACAAAAAUUUCACAUGGUGCUCAAUUGAUGUUUGGUAAUAUCGAACGCAGCCGCAAACCAAUUAUUGCUGCUAUCAAUGGUGUCUGUUUGGGUGGUGGUUUGGAAUUGGCUCUAGCUUGUCAUUAUCGUAUUGCCACCAAAGACAAAAAGACUUCUUUGGCUUUGCCAGAGGUUAUGCUUGGUUUAUUGCCUGGUGGAGGUGGUACUGUACGUUUGCCAAAACUCGCAUCUGUGCCAACAGCAUUGGAUAUGGAAUUGACUGGAAGAGCUGUUAAAGCUGAUCGUGCCAAGAAAUUGGGAAUUGUAGAUCUUUUGGUUAAUCCACUUGGUCCAGGUCUUAAGCCUGCAGAGGCCACUACAAUUGAAUAUUUGGAGAAAGUUGCCAUUCAAAUUGCUAAAGAUAUUGCCAGUGGUAAAAUAAAGGUUGACAGAGAGAAGAAAGGACUGACUGACAAAUUAAUGAACUUUGCCUUGAGCAUUGACUUUGUUAAAAAUAAGAUUUUCGAAAAGGCACGUGGACAGGUUAUGAAGAUGUCCGGUGGACUCUACCCAGCUCCUCUUAAGAUUAUUGAUGUGAUUAAAAAAGGAGUAGAAGCUGGAUCAGAAGCAGGUUACGAAGCCGAAAGGAAGGGAUUCGGAGAGUUGGCAAUGACUCCAGAAUCAAAGGGUCUAAUUGGACUUUUCCGCGGUCAAACAGAGUGCAAAAAGAAUCGAUUUGGAGCUCCCGAACGUAAAAUCCAAAAUGUUGGAGUACUAGGAGCCGGUUUAAUGGGAGCUGGUAUUGUUCAGGUAUCUGUUGACAAAGGCUACCAAGUUGUUAUGAAAGACACAAAUGAUGCCGGACUAUCGAGAGGUGUUGGACAAGUACAAAAAGGUCUAGAAACUGCUGUUAAGCGAAAACGCAUUUCAGCUUUAGGCAGGGACCAAAUUUUGGCCAAUUUAACACCAACUUUGUCUUAUGAUGCCUUCAAAAAUUCCGACAUUGUUAUUGAAGCUGUUUUCGAAGACAUUAACAUUAAACACAAAGUUAUCAAGGAAUUAGAAGCCGUCGUACCAAAGCAUUGUAUCAUUGCCACCAACACAAGUGCAAUUCCAAUCACUAAAAUAGCUGCAGGUAGUUCUCGACCAGACAAAGUAGUUGGUAUGCAUUAUUUCUCGCCAGUGGACAAGAUGCAAUUGUUGGAAAUCAUCACACAUCCAGGAACUUCUAAGGACACAGCAGCUGCUGCUGUGGCUGUGGGCUUGAAACAAGGCAAAGUUGUCAUUACUGUUGGCGAUGGUCCUGGAUUCUAUACAACUCGAAUUUUAGCCACUAUGCUUUCAGAAGCUAUUAGGCUCUUGCAAGAAGGUGUUGAUCCAAAGGAUUUGGACAAAAUGAGCAAAACAUUUGGAUUCCCUGUUGGCGCUGCAACUUUAGCUGAUGAAGUUGGUAUUGAUGUUGGAUCCCAUAUUGCUGUAGACUUAUCAAAGGCAUUUGGUGACCGUUUCAGUGGAGGCAAUCUUGAAGUAAUGCAAGAUCUUGUCAAAGCUGGAUUUAUGGGACGCAAAUCUGGCAAAGGUGUAUUUUUGUACGAAGGCAAAUCCAAGGGUAGUCGUGAAGUCAAUCAAGCGGCUUUGGAAAUUGUCAAACAAAAAUAUUCCCUUACCCCGAAGGGAGCUACUAGCGUUGAAGACAUGCAAUUGCGAAUGGUUUCACGUUUUGUCAACGAAGCUGUUCUCUGUUUGGAAGAGAAAAUUCUCGAUAGUCCAUUGGAAGGUGAUAUCGGUGCUGUAUUUGGUUUGGGAUUCCCUCCAUUUACCGGCGGUCCAUUCCGUUGGGUUGAUCAAUAUUCAGCAUCAAAAUUAGUCAAUAAAAUGUUAUCGUAUGCCGAUUUGUAUGGAGCACCAUUCAAACCAGCUCAAACUUUAUUAGAUAUGGCCAAAGAUCCAUCAAAGAAAUUUCAUGUAAAAAAUACAUCAUCGAAAUUAUAAAUUCAAACAAAAAUAUUAUCUUCCUAGAAAAAAAAGCAAUAAAUAAAUAAUUAUUACGGCCGGAUCUGAACAUUAAAAAAAAAGUAAAACGAAAAAAUAAUCCUAACAGAUGUCGAAAUUAAGUGCACUUAACGGUAUAAUUUUAAGUAAUUUUAUUAGAAGCAUUAUCCCCGAAAAUAGCAACUAGUUUGCAUAUAUGAUGCAUUUAGUUAAAAAAAAAACGAAAUCAUUUAUAUGUUUAAUCCAUACGUUUUAUAUAAGUGAAUAAAGUUCUCUCUUUUUGUA